AUUGUCAAAGUUCUGAAACACAGACCAAUGGUAAUCAACCAUUUUUCUUCAAUUUACCACCUCUUCAGUUACAACCUUUACAAUUACAACUAAAUCCGGCGUCUUCUUCAUUAUUUUUAGUAGACAACAACCAAUCGAUUCCUAUUCAAACACUUCACUCUGAUUUACAACAAAACAAUUUACUACAGAAUACUAAUCAACAAUUGAUAACAACAACAAACUUUGCCACAAAUCAGGCUUCUUCUGCUAAUUUGCCAAAGUCUAUGUCUUCAGUCUCAUCCGAUCCCAUAACUCUUCAAUCAACUUCAGGCCAACAAUUUUCAUUCAUUCCUUUAGCUUUUCAAACGCCAACUCCAAAGACUGAUUCCCAAAAACCAACAAAAGCUCAGGUUUUGCAAUCUUUGACUCAACAAAAACCAACAUUUCAACCAUUUUUUAAAACACAAUCGUUUGAAACUCUGAUAAACCAACAAAAUAAACCAAUUACUGCCACACAAUCUCAAUCUCGACUUCAAAUUCAACCCUUAAAUUUUAAAUCAUUAGCUACUGUACAAAAAAGUUUUAAACCAAUUACUAAACCAUUAUCAGUAUUUCAAUUUCAACCCAAACUUCAAUUUCAACCCCAACCCCAACCUCAACCUCAACCUCAACCUCAACCUCAAAUUCAAUCCCUAUCCCAACCUCAAUCUCAAAUUAAACCCUUAAAUUUUGAACCACUUGCUACUGUACAGCAAAGUUUUAAACCAAUUUCUAAACCAUUAUCAAUAUUUAAACUUCAACCCCAACCUCAAAUUGAAUCCCAAACCCAACUUCAAAUUCAACCCCAACCCAAACCCCAACCUAAAAUUCAACCCCAAUUCCAAGUCCAACCUUUAACAUUCAAAUCACUGAAUUUAAUACAAUCCCAAACUUUAAGGUCAAAUAUAGAACCAUUAACUUCACAAUUUCAAACUCAAUCUCAGAUAUUUAAACCAUUGGAUAGUUUAGAGCCGCAAACUUUUAAAUCGCUUUUUAUAUCUCAACCAAAAGCAACAGCCAUAACACCAGAACCACUUAAAACACCAUUAGUUAAGAAUAUUGUCACUCAGACACCAUCAGUGAGCCAUCAGUCAACACAAACUACACGAAACAAUAACAAGAAUUUAAUUAAUGAAAUUCCUGCUAUUAAUUCUGUUUUGAAUGAUUUGUCAGCCUAUGUGCCGAUAGAACUGCCGGCACAGGCAUUCAUUUUUCAAGGUGUAGGUCCGUCACCGACAAAACCAGUACAACACACAGUAAAUGAUGGAAAUACACAAUUUCUGCCACCUGUUAUAUUACCUGCUCUUACAUUGCCCGGUGAUAAUAAUAUGCGAUCAAAAUGCUAA